AUGCUCCUCCCCAACCUGACUGCCUUAGCAACUCUUCUCACAAUCAUCACUGCCACGCCUACCCCUCCAGAGAAGAAGAGCGCGGAUAACGGAACCUUUGAAGCGCUUGUCAAAUACGAAGUCACUUGCCGCAGCGGAGGGUCUACUACCCCCAAUGCCCCCACUGCCCCUAGGUUAGAAUCGCCUCCGCCAGAUACCACUCCGCAUGAGGACUUCGACGUCGAUAUCAUCUGGGAGAACAUGGAUAUUCGUAGCGAUUUUAGAUCGAUGCGUAAGAGUUCGCGGGGACCGAUUGGGCGCAUUCUGGUCGACUUUGGAAAAGUGCUGGAGAGUGGGAUGUUUGAGGUGAUUAGUGUGAAUGCGAGUAAGCAUAUGUUCUGUGCGGUGGUGGCCUGUCAGAAGAAUAGAGAUGAGGGAGUCGAUGAUCUACUGUGGACUGUGCUCUAG